GUACGGACCCCUGCAUUCUGGGAGGGCAUCUCUGGAGUCCACGAGGGUCCCCAACUCCUGUAGCAGCCACCACCACACACCCGGACCCCCUCCCUUGCUCCUGCCUCCAUGUGGGCCCAGCUCCUCCAAGUUCCAGGAACGACGAUGCCCCACUGCAGCGGGAGGGACCUGGCUCCCGUCUCCAUGACAGCGAGGGCCUUGGAGGAGUUGGACCGUGGCCUGGGCAGCUGCCUCGCCAACGAGUGCUCUGAGCUGGCGGGGACCGGCACAGGGCAGGUGAAGGAGGACGAGGCCCGAGAGGCACCCAGGCUGGCUGAGACCAGCAGCUGGCCCCAGGGCCCUCACGAGGACGCCAGACCCAAAAAGAUGGAGAAGGAGCCCGCGGCCAGGGGGACCCUCGGCCCCGGAAAGGAGAAGCAGAAACCUGGAGCCAGUGCGUCUGCAGCAGGCUUGGCCCCCCGCAGCGCCCCGGCCCGCAAGAAGCCUCAAGCCGCGCCCCCCGCGCAGCCGCCCCCGCCGCCCCCGGCCCCCAGCGAGGAGCUGCCCUGGGGCGACCUGACGGUCAACAAAUGCCUGGUGCUGGCCUCGUUGGUGGCGCUGCUGGGCUCGGCGGUGCAGCUGUGCCGCGAUGCUGUGGCUGGGCAGGAGGCCGCCCCUGUGCCUUGGGUACCACCGACCGCACCCCCCAAGCACCCGGUGCCGCCGGUGCCUAAACUCACGGCCCCAUCGAAGCCACCCGCGCCCCAAGUGGGGCCACCUGCACCUCAGGUGGAGGCAGGGGACAAGCCCGAGGUUCCCGGGAGCAGGGAGACCGCAGAGAAGGUGCAGAGAGAUCCCGGGGAGGCCGCCAACCGGGGAGAGCGCGCGACCCGCGCCGAGCAAGGGCCCAGGGAGAAGUCGAGGAAGGAGGAGAAGCCGCGGAGGGAGCGGCCGCGCAGAGCCGAGAAGCCGUGGAAGGAGAAGCCGCGGAAGGAACACAGGCCGCGGAAGGAGAGGCCCCGCGCUGCCGGGGAGCCCCGAGAAGCUCUGCCCCGACGCUGGGGGACGCCAGAAGGGGGCCACCGGCUGUGGGCGCGGGACACCGGGGACCCAGAGCACCGGAAGAGGCAGGCCUGGGCCUCCCCGCGGCGCCCCGAAGCGGACCGGCCCCCGGGGAGGCAGCAGCACCGCCAGGGCAAAGGGCGGGACUGAGCGGGACUGGGUGCUGCGGCCGAAUCCGAAUCCCGCCGCCACUCUCAGGGUGGCCCCGCGAUUCCAGCAAAAUAAAGGGAGUGUUGUGGCC